AUGUCCUCUUUCUCAGCUUCCAAGAAAUCGAAUAGAAAUUCAUUGAAUUUUCCGCUGACUAUUGUAUUACAAAUAUUUUCUUAUUUGGAGAUUGAUGAAUUGACUGAACUUUAUGAAACUUGUACAUUUUUCCGUGUGCUAAUACAGAAGUCAAAACUUUCACCAGAAUGUUCUACAGUCGGUUUAAUAGAAAAACCAAAAUUAACUUGGGUAAUAGAGAAAGAAUUACAAUCAAAUAAGUACAAGACUAAAAAUAUGGGAAAAAUUGUUCUUUCAUAUGUUAAAGCUAUAAGAAAAGUGAACGAACAGAUAAAAGAAAUGGAAGAAAUUCAACAAGAGAUAAAUAUAACGGAAAAUCAAGAAUCUCCAACGUUGUCGACAUUAUCACGUUCUUCAGUAAAUUCGUUAUUCUCUGAUGAUGAAUGGAACUUUUCAUUAGAUGAGUCUCUACCAUCUCCUGUUGUAAAAGAAGACCCUAAUCUACAUAAUAUUGAUAAAAUGAAAGACACAAUGAAAGUAAAGGAGAAAGCUUUAUUAUUUGAAAGAUUGAUGUCUCAUGAAAAUGAACUUCAAAUACCGAAGAAUCCAAAACAAUUACAACAAAAUGAUGCUCUAUACGAGAGAUUUAAUGGACUACAAAAUUUAAUUCUCCCCAAAUCUAAUAAUAAUAGAAAUAUCGCUGACCAAUAUUUAAUGAAAGUCAGAGAAUCUGAAACCCAAAAUACAUAUAUUCCAAACAAAACUGUAAAAAUUCAUAAAGAAGAACUUCAAAAUAAAAGUUAUAACAACAACACCGAUAAUAAUAAUAAUAAUAAUAAUAAUAAUAAUAAUAAUAGUAAUAAUAAUAAACUCAACUUUUCACAAAAGUAUCAACAACACCUAGAGUCAAUGAAAAAAUCGACAGUGAUAAAUUCUAAUUUUAAGUACAGUGACAGCAAACCUAUAAAUCACAGUACGAACAUUAAGGACUUGUAUGAGAAUAAAAUUAUUAACCAAAAUAUAUAG